CGUGGGCAGCUCUACAGUCUGGGGCUAGUGCAGAAGAUAGUCUGGUCAUUGGCUGCUCCACGUGUGAGACAGAACAGUGUGACGGGAGUGUGGGCUAUGGGAGUAACCCUGAUGAGAGAGGGGAAACCACUCUAGAUGCCAUGAUCAUGGAUGGAGAUACGUUUGCUGUAGGAGCUGUUGGUGACCUGCGGAGAGUGAAGAAUGCGAUCGGUGUGGCUCGGGCUGUGAUGAGGUACUCAGACCACACCUUACUUGUGGGUGAAUCAGCUGGUCGUUUUGCUGUUGAGAUGGGUUUCAAAGAAGAAAGUUUGGCCACCAAUCACUCACGAGAGAUGUACAAACAAUGGCGCAAAAACAACUGCCAGCCUAACUACAGACAGCAUGUGACCCCCGACCCCCGCCACAACUGUGGUCCUUACACCCCUGUCCCCCCAAAGUCUCUGUGGCACUACCAACGCAAACAUCAUGACGUUGACCGCUGGAACCACGACACAAUUGGCAUGGUCGUCAUUGACACCAGCAUGCGGGUCUGGGCUGGAACUUCCACUAACGGGAUGAACCACAAAGUCCCUGGACGUGUAGGAGACUCCCCUGUAAUGGGUGCCGGUUCGUACGCUGACAGCAGCGUAGGAGGUGCGGCUGCCACUGGGGAUGGUGACAUCAUGAUGAGAUUCCUGCCCAGUUUCCGAGCCGUGAUUGAGAUGGAGUAUGGUGCCAGUCCCACAGAAGCAGCCCAGAAGGCCAUGGCCCCGAUCAUCAAACAUUACCCACAGUUCUCAGGGGCUCUCGUUGCUGUCAACAGGACUGGCCAUUAUGGUGCUUACUGUCAUGGGUUUAGCAAGUUUGGCUACAGCGUGGCAUCACCAGCGUUUGAGAAAGUUACAGUAGUGUACGUGGAUUGUACAUAAAGUCAUAUGUCAACCGUUAGCUGUGAGCUGUGUUUGAAAAAUGAGAAAUUGUAUGUUUCUGGAAUGUUUGUGAUGUUGCUUGUCUAUCCUACUGCCAAUAAAUCCUGUAUUUCGUAUUCUGAAAAAAAAUCUGCAAAUUCUAUUAACCUUUCCUGCUCAAACUCUUUGCCAGCAAUGGUUGCGUAUAAACAUUUGUAGCUCUCUUUGUCAGUGAUCUAUUAUGAUUAUAGUCAGGUCUAUGACUGAGGAAAUCCAGAGAGAGAGA